UUGACGUCUGUCGGUGUGGAUCGUGUGUCAUACCUUUUUGUAAAUAAUAAACUGCAAACAACGUAAUCAGCUUAAAUACUAACUUUAUUGCGUACACAGUGCAAAGCUAAGUGACAUACAUUGAAGUCGGCAGUAAGUUUAGUGCAUAAGGGCUUCAUUUCAACAAAAACUGUACAGCCAGUGACUAGACGUAUUUAAUUUCUACCCUCUAUCUAAAAAGUGUUGUUGACAUCGGGGAUAUUCUCGUCACUCCAAACUUCACUUUGACAGGAGGAAGAUAUUUUCGUUAUCGCUAUCGAUCGAUAUCGGGCCAGUGGCGCCAUCUAGCGAUCCUGCACUGAACUUUUACUCUUCGCCUACUGCUAUGCCGGGUGUCCAGUGCGCAGCUUGCAAGCUCUUCGCAUCGGCGAUAGAGGGCGCCAAGUGUGGUAGCAGUAAGUGUCGGCGACUAUACCAUCGAGGAUGCGUUGGCCUUAAAUCGGAUGCAGCUGUCCCAGCAUCCUGGCGCUGCCCCGAAUGUAAGAAGAACGUGGUCAGGGAUAACAGAGCAGAUACACCGGUCAGGGGUUCGGCUGGCUUGGCAGGGGGGCCUGCAAGCCAGACUUGCUCAGUGGCUCGUAUCACUGGUGAGUUGGAUCCCAGCUGCUCCAGCCUAGCUCCAGUGGUCUGCGAACAACAACACACUAGCCCGUCGUCUGCUUCUUCGCCGCUACAUAGGGGCGCCUCCAUAGCUGACUCCGCGGCACGGGAAAUUUCUCCCAUCGCAGGCUCUGACUUGGGUCUGCUCAUGGAUGAGUUGAGGGCGAUGCGUGCGGAGAUACAAGAGUUCCGCAAGGAGAUGGAGCUGGAGAUGGCGCAGCUUGUAUCAGCAAUGAGUAACUGCAAUGGGCGCAUCGAUGGCCUCGAAGCCAGAAUAAGCGCAAUGGAACAACGGGCUGCUACGGGUCGUUCGUCGGCGGAUGAGGUUGUGGAGGAGUUGAGGCGCGAGCUAAAUGAUAGGGAUCAGGACCUAUUGGCAAAUGAUGUGGAGAUAACCAACAUUCCGGAGGCUGCUUCUGAUCACCCUAUCCACAUUGCAAAAGCUGUAGGCCUUAAGUUAGGGGUGCAACUAGAGGAGCGCGACAUCAUCAGCGCGGAGCGGGUCGGCGGCAAGCAGCUUAACGCCACUAGCUCCGCUGGUCCGGCGGUAACGCGGCCGCGCGCCGUGGUGGUGCGCCUGGCGCGCCGCGAGCUGCGCGACGCGCUGCUGGCGAGCGCGCGCGUGCGGCGCGGGGCGACCACCGCCGACCUCGACAUGCCCGGCCCGCCACAGCGCUUCUUCAUCAACGAGCGCCUCACCAAGACAAAUCGCCGGUUGUUUCGGAUGGCCCGGGAUGCUGCUCGCCUCCACAAUUGGAGAUUUGUGUGGACUAAGCGCGGGCGCAUACUUGUCAGGCGGAGUCCGGAUGACUCCACUCAUAGAAUCCGCACUGAUGAAGACAUUGCACGGAUCGUUGGUUCUGUCAAUAAUGAAACAAGUUGAUCACUCUUCUUA